CUUUCUCCCGGGGCACUGGAGUGAGUAGGAGGGGCUGAGCCGUGCCGUGCCGCACGGCGCACCACUCAGUCACUCACCUCUGAGUGAAUUCCAUUUCCACCUUUCCACCCACAACUUGUCCCGGCUGCGUGUGGCUGCGCCCGGACCCGGUGAAGUGUUGUCAGAGAACAGAACGGAACCGCCAGCUGCUGUCGCGGGUUUGGGCGUCGAUGAUGUUUGAAUUGGCGUCUGCGGGAAGUGUCCACAGCUUUUUCUUUCCGUGCGCUUUUGGAGAGGAGGAACGGACAUGUGACUGACUGAGAACGCUCAUCUCCUAGGAGGCUGAAACAGCUGCUCCUGCUUAAUUUACCUGCAAACAGCGAAUCAACACACAGUGAUCGAGUCAAACCCGGACUUAUUGAUCAAUUGAUUCCUUUUGGGUUUUUUUUUUCCUUCCAUUUUCCCGCUUUUACCCUUGAAGAGGAAUCCAUGCGCCGGUAGCUUUUGAGGCAAAUAUGCCAGAAUGGGUCCUCUACUCUAUUUAUUCCUCUGUGGACUUCUAUGCAUCCGAACCGAAGCGUCUCGUCUUCGUCAGGAAGAUUCUCCUCCCCGCAUUGUUGAGCACCCUUCUGACCUCAUCGUAUCCAAAGGGGAACCCGCCACUCUCAACUGUAAAGCAGAAGGCCGUCCGAUCCCCUCGGUGGAAUGGUAUAAAGACGGGGAGCGCGUUGAGACGGACCGUGACAACCCCCGCUCCCACCGUAUGCUCCUCCCCAGUGGUUCCCUCUUCUUCUUACGCAUCGUCCACGGACGGCGGAGCAAACCAGAUGAUGGCAACUAUGUGUGUGUGGCCCGAAACUAUAUGGGAGAGGCUGUGAGCCGCAACGCUUCUCUGGAAGUAGCUUUAUUGCGUGAUGACUUCAGGCAAAACCCUCAGGAUGUGGUGGUGGCAGUUGGAGAGACAGCUACUUUUGAGUGUCAGCCCCCACGCGGGCACCCUGAACCUGUUACCUUUUGGAGAAAAGAUAAGACCCGCCUUGACCUCAGCGAUGACCGAAUCACGGUUCGUGGUGGAAAGCUGACUAUCUCAAAUACCAAGAAAAGUGAUUCUGGAAUUUUUGUGUGUGUGGCCUCCAACAUGGUUGGAGAACGAGAAAGUGAAAAAGCUCAACUGUCUGUCUUUGAAAAGCCAUCAUUUGUGCAACGGCCGGUCAACCAGGUGGUUUUAGUGGAUGAGAGUGUGGAGUUCAGGUGUCAGGUCCAUGGAGAUCCUCCACCUGUACUGCGAUGGAAAAAGGAGGACGUGGAUAUACCUCGUGGCAGGUAUGAGAUCAGAUAUGAAAAGGAGGACUUCCUGUUGAGAAUUAAGAAAGCAUCAGUCAGCGAUCAGGGAACGUUCACUUGCUCAGCAGAGAACCGUGUUGGCAAAACAGAAGCUUCUGCCUACUUGACUAUCAGAGCUCGCCCCGUUGAGGCACCUCAGUUUGUGGUGCGACCACGGGAUCAGAUCGUGGCUCAAGGACGAACAGCUACAUUUCCCUGUGAGACCAGAGGCAAACCACAGCCUACUGUCUUCUGGCAACGAGAAGGAAGCAAGGAUCUUCUAUUCCCCAAUCAGUCUGCCCAGGGGGACAGCCGAGUGUCUGUGUCUGUGAACGGCGAGCUGACUAUCUCAUCUGUACAACGCUCGGAUGCAGGGUAUUACAUCUGCCAAGCUCUGACUGUGGCAGGUAGUAUCAUGGCCAAGGCUCAGCUUGAGGUAGCAGACGCUUUGAAGGACCGCCCACCCCCUAUCAUUCGACAAGGUCCGUCCAACCAAACUCAGGCGCUAGGAGCUGUGUCCGUGUUCAGAUGUCAAGCUUCAGGGGAUCCAGAACCUACAGUUACCUGGAGAAAAAAUGGAGCAAACCUGCUCGGAAAGGACCCGCGCUUCUCCGUACUGGAGCACGGAAGUCUUCAGAUCCAAAAUUCUCGGCUGUCUGAUGCCGGGUUGUACACCUGCGUUGCCACCAGUUCCAGUGGGGAAACUUCAUGGAGUGCUUAUUUGGAUGUGAGAGACUCCAUGGACCCUAUAGACUUUGUAUUCCACAAUUCAACCACUCUCCCUGGGCCCCCCUCUAAGCCAGAGGUCACUAAUGUAACCAAGAGCAGCAUUUCAUUGUCAUGGGAACCAGGGCCAGAGGCGGGCUCCCCUGUGUCCUCCUAUGUCAUCGAGGCUUUCGGCCAAUCAGUGAGCAACAGCUGGCAAACCGUGGCUGACCACGUGAAGACCACCGAGUUCACAGUAACGGACCUUCGGCCCAAAACUGUAUACCUGUUCAUCAUCAGGGCGGUCAAUGCUCAAGGACUGGGUGACCCGAGCCCAAUGUCUGACCCUGUCCGCACUCAAGACAUUAGUCCCACAGGUCAGGGAGUGGACCAUCGUCGCGUGCAGAAGGAGUUGGGGGAUGUUGUUGUCACCAUGCAUAAUCCUGUAGUUCUCAGCUCCACUUCAGUGCAAGUCACAUGGGCUGUGGAGAAUCCAUCUCAGUUUAUUCAAGGCUACCGCGUGCUUUACCGACAAACAUCCGGGCUGCCCUCCCCGGGGCCUUGGCAGAUCCAAGACCUAAGGGUAGCCUCUGAGAGGGACAUAACUCUCUCUGAUCUAAAGAAAGGCAUCGUCUAUGAGAUUAAAGUGCGACCAUACUUCAACGAGUUCCAGGGUGCAGACAGUGAAUCUAUGACAACACGCACCAUGGAAGAAGCUCCCAGUGCGCCUCCGCAGCAAGUGACAGUGUUGACAGUGGGAAGCCACAACAGCACAUCCAUUAGCGUGUCGUGGGAUCCUCCCCCCCCUGAGCAACAAAACGGCAUCAUCCAGGAGUACAAGAUUUGGUGUCUGGCCAACGAUACCCGCUUUCACGUCAAUAAAUCUGUGGAUGCAACCAUCCGUUCAGUGGUAGUCGGGGGUUUGCAGACCGGGGUGCAUUACAGCGUGGAGGUGGCUGCGAGCACCAGCGCCGGGGUGGGGGCCAAGAGCAAACCCCAGCUCAUCAUUUUGGGUGCAGAACUGAAGGAUGUGAUGACCGGAUCAGAGAGCAACAAUAGCAUCUCAGACGUGGUGAAGCAGCCAGCCUUCAUCGCUGGUCUGGGAGGGGCCUGCUGGAUUGUUCUCAUGGGCUUCAGUGCCUGGCUGUACUGGAGGAGAAAAAAGAGGAAGGGACUAAGCAACUAUGCAGUUCAGUCCUUCACCUUCACUCGAGCAGUUACCUUCCAAAGAGAUAGAGGACUGAUCCGAAAUGGAAGCCGUCCGGGGCUGCUGAAAGCGGGCGAUCCAGGCCUCCCCUGGUUGGCGGACUCCUGGCCGUCAACAAGCCUCCCAGCAAACGGGGGCAUGGGGAGUCCGAAGGGCGGCAGCAACUUCGGACGAGGAGAUGUUUUACCGUCUGCAGCAGUGGAGAAAACGGGCACCAUGCUGUCUGAUGGUGCCAUCUACAGCAGUAUUGAUUUCAUGGGGAAGGGAGGCUACAGCAGUCCAGCGCGAGGCAGUCAGCCCACCCCCUACGCCACCACUCAGAUCCUGCAAUCCAACAGUUUCCACGAGCUGGCUGUGGAUAGGCCAGAUGCCCGCUGGAAGGCUUCUCUCCAAGCCCAGCAGGAAAUGGCAAACAUGGGCUACUCGCUUACCGACAGGCGCCCCGGUGGGGGCUCAAAGGUUGGGAAGAAGAAGAAAGUUAAGGGUGCAACAAAAACUACCAAAUCAAAUGGGACCUGCUGGGCUAACAUUCCCCUCCCUCCACCCCCAAUGCACCCUUUGCCAGGCACAGAGGUCAACCUUGACCGGUACCUUCAGGAAAACCAUACCGGAGGAUAUGACAACAACAGCUGGGCUCCGGCCAUGUCUGUGCACACCUACCACCACCAAAAUUUGGACAGCGAGGAAGACCGGGAGCGAGGUCCCACUCCUCCUUUGAGAGGAAAGUCCUCCUCACCAGCAGGAGCUUCCUUCAGCCAGCCGUCUGCCUCGUCUCUCAGCUCUGCACACCACGAGGAGAUGCAAUCCAUUUUGCAAGCCCACUUAGACGAGUUGACCAGAGCCUACCAGUACGAGGUGGCCAAACAGGCAUGGCAUUUAAAGAGCAGCCCCAGUGUGUCCGGCACUCCGAUCGACUUCAUGUCCAGUACGCUGGGCUCUGAUUUAGGAGCAACUCUCCUUUCCGAAGAGGAUGAAGAGGAGGAUGAGGAAAGAGAAGAUGACAGAUAUGCUGUUGUCUCAAAGAAUGUGUGUGGAUUUGACUACACUCCUGGUCACAGCAUGGACAGCCUAGAUGGUUCAGGAAAAACCACUUACUCAGAUGGUUUCGGUGCAGCGGAUCGAGCCGGACAGGGCACACACAGCCUUGGACACAAGAGGGCACCACUUACAGGCCACAAGCCUCAGACAGACAAGGUUGGCACACUUCCCAGACGAAGAGACACCAACACAGAUGCCCACACGACAGCCGUGAAGCCCCUGAACUCCAUGGGUUCCCACAUGCACAGCUCGUGGGCAACGGCAGCCUCUGACCAGUCUGAGGAGUGCAUGGUGACCGUGUCAACGCUAGAAAGGCAGCAUAUGGCUUCAUGGAGUGGCACGACAUCCUCCGGCAGGGCCACCAUGAACAUGGGCUCUCAGAAGAGACCUGGCACAGACUUCUCCCAUAACGGACAUCAUUCCACUCAUGGCACAGAAAAAAGGGAACACUAGUCCGGAUGAAGCAUCUUUACUUGCAGUCUGUCCGUGAAGACCCUGUUUUUUUAAGUGCUAUAAGAUUUUUUUUUUCUUCUCCUCCAGAAUGAUUCUGAAAAGGACAUAAAAUAAUGGAAGGCAGAAAUGUAUGGGAAAUGACCCCGCUGAGUUGUAAAUAUUAUGUACAGCCACAGAUACCAUGGUCACGGUGUUAUUAUUUUCAUCCCCCCUCUUCAAAAGAGCAAAGUGUAUGUUAUAUGUGCGCUCGUGUUUUCUGUCACAUGGUGUACAGCAGUUUGCACUGUGGAGAUGAAGACAAAAAGACUUGCUGAAAUGAAAAAAAAAAAGAAUUGUAAAUACAUUUUACUGUGAUUUUUUUAUUUUAUUUUUAUUUUUGCUUUGCUAUGCAAGCCAAACCCAAGUUGUCUCUUUUGUGAUUCAUGACUAUGAUUUAUGACAUUGAUUUAUGAAUUUCGAAAUGAUUUAUUUAUUUAUUGGUUUCUGCUCAAACUGUUAGCUUGUUUUGAUAAAGCUAGCCCAUUGUUGUA